AGAUCUGAACAAAGAUGUUCAGUUCAAAGAGUUACCUUGAAAAGAAAACAGGUCCCUAUGGCAUAGGGAGAUUUAGUUACCUCCAGUCACUGGUCAACGAAUAUCAAAACACUGAUGACAUUGAAGCCAAGAAACAGAUUAUGGCAAACCUUGCAAACUUUGCUUAUGAUCCAAUAAAUUACGAACAUUUUAAAACAUUGAAUAUACUAGAUCUCUUUCUUGAUGGUCUGGAGGAAUCAGAUGAAGAACUUGUUGAGUUUGCAGUGGGAGGUGUGUGUAACGCAAGUGCUGAAAAGGAGAACAGGAAGCAUAUUAUUGAUAAUGGAGGUGUUAAAUUGGUGAUAGGGUGCCUGUCCCGGUACUCCGAAGACACAGUUUUAUCUGCAGUGGCAACUUUAAUGUAUCUUGUAACCAAAGAGUCUCGUGCCGAAAUAACAUGCUUGCCGGUAGUAGAGUGCAUGUUGAGAUUAUCACUGUCGAAGAAUGUUAGGUUAAAGAACUUGGCUACUGUUUUUCUUGAAGAUUAUUGUGACAACACUGUGAUUCAGGAAGCCAGAAUGAUGCAGAAAAAUAAUGGUUAUGUUCCAACAACUUGAAUGUAUCUCUAUUUGUGUAGGGUAGAAAGAUACAAAUACACCAAAUAUAAAAAUGCUUUCCAUAUAUUACAUGUACAUGUAAUAUGAAAAGAAAAAAAUGCAUACCAGCAUUACUUAUGAGAUGACUUCGAGAGAGCAGAGGAACGCACAUAAUUUGUCAAUACAGCAAAGGUUAAGGUCAUGGUGAACAGUAUGCUUAAAAAAGUGUUUGCCGAAUGCAGACACAGUGUCUUACAAGCUUUAAGCUUAAUUUUCAAGGAAUUAGAUGUUUAAUUAUAAUCAGCAAUAGUCUUAUCACAUUGUUUUGUAACCAAGUUUGCAGUAAAUCUUCUACUUUAAAAGACAAGAUCUCUUCUUCAAUAAUGAUAUACUAUGCAUCAUAGACAAAACAAAGAUACAUUUUCGAAGAUCCUCUUUCAUAAUGUAUCCUGCAGGUGUUAUACAUCAUUAGAUGAUUUGUUGUUGAUUAUCUAUUUUUUCACGAGUGUGAACAAAUUUUAAAAAUAUGAGUGGAGUCUUGCUGGCUUAGUUGCUUGGGUCAGUAUCACUUAAGAAAUGAAAGAAUUUAAUGCCCCAAGGCCAAAUGUUCAAGCUUUCAUUCUUAUUGCUCUGCUCUCUUCAAUACCUGUAUGGUUUACCAGUAUUGUUUUGUAGUAUUCUGUAUGUCAGGACAUUAAAUGAUAUGUCUGCAGCAUUCCUGUGUUUGAUACCAAUUAAAGUGUAUUUUAUCCAUGUUUCUGUGACAGUUCUUUAGCUGUAUAGAGAAAGCAUCAUGUUUCUUAUCUAGUUUUUGCUGGUUCAAUCCUCAGACCCCGUGUUCACAAAGAUUUAAGGAUCAGGAUCAAGAUCAGGAUCAAAUUUAAGACCUCUAAUAUUCUUCAUUGUUUAUCCUCAUAGAUUAAAUAUCUAAUAUUGAUUUGAUAAAACUGGACUUGCAAUAGCAAGUUUAUGACAUUUAGAAUAAAUUUAUUGUUAUUUUUCCAAGAUAUGGGCAUUUACAGUUGAUCCAAAUAUUGAUCAUAAUCCUAAAAUUGAUCCUUAUUUUGAUCUGAAUAUAUUUUGUAUUUGUUUUAUUUAUUGAUUUUAUCCCAAAAUAGUAUGGUGUCUUUACAAAUCAGCAUUUUUUUUUUACAUUUUUGAAUAUUUCCCAUUUAAUUCUAGCAAAACACAUGAAUUUUAGUAACGUAAAACAAUUUAAAUAUUUGAAAAAUCAUUUGAUCCAUUCUAAAUGAACAUGGGGCCAGGUGAGUCUGCCAUUUAUUCUGUCUUCCACAGCCAGUUAAGAAAUUAUUCUACCUUUAAUAAUGUCAACAGUGAGCCAUAACAGACGGACAUACUUAUUGACAGUUUAUUUACAAGACUAUAGUUAUGGAAUUAUACAAUUAACUAUCUUUUAAUAAAUUAAAUGAUCACACAGUCUUGCUACAAGUGUAGCUAGUAACUACUGAUAGAUAGUUCCAGACAGGAUUAAAUGUAAUAGACUAGAAAUCCUGUUAUAUUAAGUCUGUCACCUACGGUGAAAUUGGUCAUUACUGGUAAGUGAUCCAGGAACGCUGCUGAUGUAGACUGUGUUGAAAUAAGCAUAAAGACUGACUGGAAAAUGUCAAUUGUCACGAUUUAAGCGGAAAUUCUGUACAAAAAAAAAAAACAAAAAACUUUAAAAUUUCACACAAUUUAUACUCUUUUUUUUGUUAGACAUACAAUAAUAAAUAUCUACAUGUAUACUACUUUCAGUUUAAUAAAGUUUAAAAUAUGAAGCCUUAAAUUGUU